AUGGCCAAAUCCAUGACAGAAGUUAGCAUUAAUCUUGCGAUUGUGUUUCUGAUCACUACAGUACUAAAUUUUGAUAUAAUUGUCUUCUGCAGUGGACAUUCUCGUGUGCUUUGCGUGGAGAGUGAGAAACAAGCCCUUAUGAGAUUCAAGAAUCUCAGUGAUCCUUCAGAGCGGCUCAUCUCGUGGGGUGGUAAAUCAAGGGACUGUUGUGAAUGGGUUGGAGUUGUCUGUAAUAAUAUAACCGGCAACGUCGAGGAGCUCCGUCUCAGAAAUCCUCUUGCGGAUUACAGUAGUAGUACAAAUGGUGCUGAAUAUAAAGCUUAUAGAAGGUCUGCACUGGGUGGAAUGUUAAAUCCAUCCUUGCUGGAUUUGAAGAAUCUGAGCUACUUGGACCUAAGUGGCAACUAUUUUGAUUGGAUUCAAAUGACAAGCUUCAUUGGCGACUUGGUGAGUUUAAAAUAUCUUGAUCUGUCAUUUAGUGGGUUCACUGGGAGAUUGCCAAGAUCCUUUGAAAAUCUUUGCAACUUGAAAGAACUUAGGUUGUCAGGUAUCAAACUAGGGGGUGAUAUAUUGGAGGUUUUAGACAUUUUUUCAGGAUGCAUUUUAGAUGAACUAGAAACUCUAGACUUACGCAGCAAUCAACUUUCUGGACAUUUUUCUGAUGUCGUUAAUUUACUUGGACAAUCUAAAAAAUUGGCUUCCCUUUCUCUAUCUAAUAAUUCUCUUUUUGGUCAAGUUCCAUCGUCUUUGGGAAGAUUAUCGUUUAUAAAAUAUUUAGAUCUUUCUGAUAAUAAGUUGAGUGGACAUCUCCCUGAAAGUCUUGGUCAGCUUGCAGAUUUGGAAGUGCUUUUAAUGUCAGGAAAUUUGUUACAAGGUGUAAUGUCUGAAGUUCACUUUGCCAACCUCACACAAUUACAGUCUCUAGAUGGAUCUAGAAAUCAAUUGUUCUUGAGUGUCAGUCCAAAUUGGGUUCCUCGAUUUCAACUUCAGUCAUUAGUAUUAAGAUCAUGCCCAUUACAGACACCAUUUCCCCAUUGGCUUCACUCACAGAAAAAUUUAAGGGUUCUAGAUAUAUCCCACACAGGAAUUUUUGGUACAAUUCCUAGGUGGUUUUGGAAUUUAUCACCCCAGAUUGGCUAUUUAAAUCUCUCUCACAAUCAUAUCCAGGGAGAGCUUAUAAAUAAGCCUUUAGUAUUUGAGCAAUUUGCAACAAUUGACCUAAGUUCCAACCACUUAAAUGGUACAUUACCCCGUUUGUCCCCAGAUAUCAUGUCACUGGAUCUUUCCGACAAUUCGUUUUCUGGAUCUAUUUCUCACUUUCUCUGUUACAAGAUGGAUGAACUUAAGUUACUGCAGCUACUUAAUCUAGAAAGAAAUCUUUUGUCAGGAGAAUUAACCAACUGUUGGGAAAGCUGGUAUGGCUUGGAGUUCAUAAAUUUAAGAAAAAACAAUCUAAGCGGCAAAAUUCCAAGCUCUAUGGGAUCUCUAAAUUUCCUCAAAUCAUUGCAUCUUCAAAGCAAUGGCCUUUCUGGAAAAUUACCUCCGUCUCUGCAAAAUUGUACUACAUUAGUGUCUAUUGACUUUGGUGAAAAUGAAUUUUCAGGAAGUAUACCCACAUGGAUAGGAGAAAGACUUCCGAAUCUCAAGAUUCUUAUCUUACGAUCAAAUAAGUUUCAUAGCAACAUUCCUAAGGAACUUUGUGGACUUGGUUUCCUUCAAAUCUUGGACCUUGGUCGUAACAAUCUUUCGGGAAGUAUACCAACAUGUUUCAUGAAUUUGAGCGCUAUGGCCAUACACCAAAACUCAAGUGAGCAAAUGUCAUACAAGCCUGCUUACCCUGCAAUCUCAUUUGAAGGUUUUUUGGAGAAUGCAGAAUUGGUGAUGAAACGACAAACGGUUGGAUAUAGCACCAUUCUUCACCUAGUUACAAGCAUGGAUCUUUCAAGUAACACCUUAUCAGGAGAGAUCCCUAAGGAAUUGAUGAGUCUUCAAGGGCUUCGGUCAUUAAAUUUGUCAUCUAAUCUUUUGACAGGAAGGAUUCCUGAGAAUAUAGGUGUUGUGGAACAAUUAGAAUCUGUCGAUUUCUCUAUGAACCAUCUUUUUGGUGAAAUCCCUUCAAGCAUGUCAAGUUUGACAUUCCUAAGUCACUUGAACUUGUCCUACAACAAUUUGAGUGGGAAAAUACCAUCAAGCACUCAACUUCAAAGUUUUGACGCAUUCAGUUUUGUUGGAAACAGUUUGUGUGGACCUCCAGUUAAUAGCAACUGCAAUGUAUAUGAUACAACAUCUGCUGUUAAAAAUGUUGAAGGAAGAAAAGGUGAUACAUUUGAAGUGGACUGGUUCUAUGCGACCAUGGCACUAGGAUUUGUGGUGGGCUUUUGGGGUGUAGUUGGCCCAUUUCUGUUUAACAAUUCAUGGAGAUUUGUAUGUUUUCAGUUCAUGGAUAGCAUCUGGUAUAGGUUUUGUGGUGUUAUAUGUACAUGUGGAUAA